AGAAGUCUAAAUGUCUAGUAAAUAUAAACAAAUAACCGGAUUUGCUUAUGCAAACAAAUAGUUUUUUUUACAUAACAACCGGAUUUUGUAACGCGAACUAAUAUUUUUCAGACAUAAUAACUGUAUUUGUUGUCAAAUAUGCACUGUGACAUGUACCGCAAAAUCAUGAUAUUGGGAAAGAUAAAUAAAACAACAACACAUUCACAAGUAAGAUUUUAUAACCUGCUAAACAUAUGAAAGUGCCGUCAAUUCGUUGAACACAGGCUACAUAAUAACCGGUUUUAUCUUGAACCUACAAUAUCAAAUGCAGCUUAUAAAUAGUAAAUGUGUAAAAUCAACAGUAAAACUAAAAGCCAUUCCCUAAUAAGAUUUUAUAAAAUCUUAUCGACAAUAUACUCAACCCAAAUGAAGGUGUUGAUCAGAUAUUAUAUCGUUUUAGAAGACUAAAUGUCUAGUAAAUAUAAACCCAAAAAAUGAGUAAGGAAAACCUCAUCCAGGGCCUCCUAAAGCCAAAUACAAUAGUUUUAAAAAAUUUAGAAACGUAUUCCCGAAGCAUUAAAAAAAACUAAAGUUUUAAGUAAAAAGUGGAAAUUGCUUAAAAAAUAUAUCAAUAAAUCUUACUGAAUUAGAAAAUGAGUUGAACCAAUUAAUUUAAUAUAAGAUAUAACACACAACUUUACAACAACACACAUUCAGUUAAUAAUGAACCCCAUUCCCGUAGAGACCAGUUAAUUUUUAUAACAUUUUGUAGAAUGCAACUAAACCAAAUAUAAAAGAUUUAGUAAACCAGAAAAUGGAUGCCUCCCCUAAACCGUAAAGAGGUUCAAUACAACCUAAAUCAGAAUCCCGACAACCCAAUUGAUUUUAUUUUCAUGGUUAACUGUGUUUGUAACAAGGAAAUAGAAGUGAAAUAACUAGAAAUGAAAGCAGAAAAAAUGAAUUUCCUAUAUAACCUUAUGUUUACGGUCAAGUAAAGGCGAUUAUUUCCGGAAUAUAUAAUGGUGUAGUAAAUAAUGAACUAAAAUGUCUAAUACUGUAGUGCACUUAACAAGACUUCAUGACGUCAAACGUCCUGGAAAAUCGAUGUAAACUUGAGAUGGAAUGCAAUUUUGCUCGAAUCACUACAAAACCAACCAGAAGGGUAACCAAUAUUUAAACCGGUAGCACUAUUGAAGAUAUUUCCAAGAUUAACUUACAGCAUAAGAGUCAAAUGAACCGCAACCCCAGAAAUAAUCAUCUAAUAAAAGAAUUUUAUAACUAAAUAAAAUGAAGAGGGCAUGUGUUGUCUUUUCACCAGACACGUCAUCAUCAUAACCUACGUAUAGGUAUGCUGCUGCGCAUUUAAUGGCUGGAUAUGGAAACGAUUCUCUGGUUUGAGGUACAUAAUAGAUAUUGACCGGAUGCAAGUUGAAGAAUUUUGGCUAUAUAAAGACACAUCUUCCUUUCAUAAACAUGCAACAAUCUCUUCGACACUAUAACCUGCAAAAGACUGAAAAAAUCGGAACAAAGCUUCAGUUAUCUGGGAGUGUUGCAGAGGUUAGAGUUAAAAAGGCAAGCAAAAUUUCAUCCCUUCGCAUCUUUCCUAUACCUAAAGUAGAUGGUUCGCCUCGUUCGUGUAGUCAAGAGUCAGUGGUCUAAAUCCCAACAAGGGGUUUGGAGGUUUGUUCAAGAUCAAUCGGUAUUUCGCGAAGAUAUUGUCCUUGGCGACACUUCAACAAUUGACGAGCUUAACAGGCUUGUGAGAGGGGUGUUUAACCUACCCCCGCGACACCGCUGUUAAUCACUUUCCAACUCCCACAGUGGAUGCUUGAACCAGACGGUGAAACAUGCCCGCCUCACAACAUUGUUGCCAAUCCUGAUAUUGACAUGCUAAUGAGUGUUCAUGAAUGGAAUACCGAACCGCAAAUUUGUGUCAUUUUCGGGGCCGAAGACGUUGCUAGGUACCAAUUCCUUUGUAGAGCUCCGUUUAAAAUUGGCAAUCGAACUUUCCUUGGAGAGGGGAUCACCGAAGAACAGCACAUCUCUGCUGUAAACGAUAUGGCGCAUGGACAAGAACUAGUAUGUAGCGAUGAAGUGCUAAAGGAGAUUUUCAGUGAAGCGGAGAUGGUUAGUCUGUAUCGAUUUUCGUUCGAAAUAGAGAGAGCCAGAAACCGUCUCGACCUUAAUGUUGGCGCAGAUGAUAUUACUGGAGAUCACGUUGUUCCUCAGCAUAUUCAACCACCUAUAACAGAGCCAAGACUGGUCACUGCAAAUCAGGCAGAGCGAGUGGGACAGUUAUCUCACACUUACGAAGCUGAUAUGUAUGGAUUUCCCAGUGGAGCAUGGACAAUCAACAAUCAUCCUGCAGCAGGUCACGGUGGCGGGAGAGGCAGCUUUAUCCCACAUGAGCAGACCCAUUACAAUACUACGCCUCUGCCUCCUCAAGUGACAAGGACUACUUAUUGGGAUAAUUUAAUGUCGUCAAGGUACGCAUUGGAGCUACAGCGAAUAUAUAUGGGGUUCCUGGAUCUGAACACACAGGCAACCCACACACAGCUCUUAAUAUUGGGAGCCCCAACACUCCAAUCGGCCCUCCAAUUCAGUUCCUCAGCGACGAAUCAUCUGCAGCUUCUUCGGUUGGGGCUACCACGAGGGAAGAAUUGGGUGGACAAAAGAGCCUAUUUUCUGUAGCAAGUGGAGAAAUAAGUAAGGGAACAGCAUGUGUGCAAGGUGAGAGUUCUGCGAUGGGUGCUCAAGUUGGAAGCAAGCCAACUGAUGCAGAGUUGGUUCAUCCUCAAAACAAUGAGGUGGGCAGUACAUCGGCUCAGCUAACCCCGCUAAGAGCAAAUGAAAUAGCUGCUGACGUUGCACCUGCUAAAGUUGAGGAGCAUACCGAUGAGACGGAGAGACGUCCUUGAAAAAGGGGGAGGGGGUUUUAUGCUGGUUUUUUGGCUUGUAGAAGUCGUCAGGGCAGAAGAUGGUUUUUGUUGCUCUACUAUCUGCACUUAUGGUUUACGGUUGCAGGUCUACUAAAUCUUAUGUUUGUCAUAAUGUAGCUACGCUGUAAAAUAGUGGUGACGUUUCCUAAUGCUUCUAUGUUAAGUUGGUUUUAUGUGUAAUAUGACGUAUGAUGUGAUGAUGUAAUGCAAUGUAAAAUAUUUGGUAACAAUACAUCUAUCCCAAAA